AUGGUGUCUCUUUGUGAUGCAUGGGUGGCGGUAUGCAUGUUCUGGGCGAAGAGAGACAGGUCCUCAGCCGCAGGGCACGGGUCCUCGAUAGCAGCUCAUUCCACCAAGGAUAAUGCGACCUUUGACAAAAGGUUUACUCUGUUGUAUUCUCCUCUUAGUAUAUGCACCAGCUCCCAAGUUGAGAUCCUUUCAAUAGAGACUGUACCUCAACUAGAAAUUCACUUUGCUAAAUUUGUUCAAUCUCACAAAAUUCUUGUGGAUGAAUUCCUUCAACUAUUGGAGAAGUCAAAGGCAAGUUUAGAUGAUGCCUAUUCAAUCGUUUUGCAAAUUAGUGAUUCGACAGAGUCAUUUAAGAUGUAUGUGUCUAAUUCGGAUGUUGAAGAUGAUGUUCAUCAAUGUUCUCACCCCAAUCACUUUGCAGCUGGAACAGAAGGUAACAACCUCGACUAUGGUGUGAACUUCAGAGGACUUAGCUCACGAAGGCGGCGCUUCCCUUUUGGAACCCGUCCACGGACGAGUUCAAGCUCCUUCCUCCGACCUCCAUCCCACGCCAUCCAGAUGCUAAGGAUUUCGACUUCUGCUAUUCUGAUUUUGGGUUCAAUCCUAUCUUUUGAGAUUUCAAAAUUUUUCGAUAAUGUCUUUGAAAAGGCCAGUACUUGUCAUGCCAAGUUGUACUCGCUCAAGUCCGAUUCUUGGGAGGAUAUAACGAACCGCAUUCUUCACGACCUCACGCCAUGGCCCAAUCCUUAUGCUUAUGUGAAUGGAGUCGUCCAUUGGACGGCGAGUCCUGCAAACGACAUAGACGAAAUCCUUUCCUUUGAUUUUGCUACUCAACGAUUUUUAACUUUACUUUCUGUUUACACGUAA